CCUCCUCUCCUCGCGCUCCCGGUGCCCGCGGGGGCGCGCCCCCGACGCCCUACAUAUACUCAGGUGCGCCGCACCUGUCCGCCCGCACCUGCUCCUUCACCGCGGAGCGACCUCUUCGCACAGCAGCCUCGGGCCGACAGCCCAGGAUACUUUGGGGACUUCCAGCACCCGGGAGCGCGCCCGUACGGCCCCUCCACCUUUGGUUUGGGAAGGGUCGCGGAGCGCCGGAGGGAACCGCCGGGCCUUCGAGGAUCGCUUUUGUCGGCCACCAGUUCUGUUCCCGUUGCUGUGAGACCCUCGCCCCGCCGGAGGGGUCGAUUUGUGUUUACUUCGGUGACAAGAUCUGCAAGCACUCGACCCAAAACUUUUUGGCCUCUUUGGGUGACUUAAAACUCGCCCUCCCGGCGCCCCCCGUCUUCUCUGAGGGCGGAAAUGGCCAAUUCGGGCCUGCAGCUGCUGGGCUUUUCCAUGGCUCUGCUGGGCUGGGUGGGCCUGGUGGCGUGCACCGCCAUCCCGCAGUGGCAGAUGAGCUCGUACGCGGGCGACAACAUCAUCACCGCCCAGGCCAUGUACAAGGGGCUGUGGAUGGAGUGCGUCACGCAGAGCACCGGCAUGAUGAGCUGCAAAAUGUACGACUCGGUGCUCGCCCUGCCCGCGGCCUUGCAGGCCACCCGAGCCCUAAUGGUGGUCUCUCUGGUGCUGGGCUUCCUGGCCACGUUCGUGGCCACGAUGGGCAUGAAGUGUACAAACUGUGGGGGAGACGACAAAGUGAAGAAGGCCCGUAUUGCCAUGGCUGGAGGCAUCAUUUUCAUCUUGGCAGGUCUUGCUGCCUUGAUAGCUUGCUCCUGGUAUGGCCACCAGAUCGUCACAGACUUUUAUAAUCCGUUGGUCCCCAUGAAUGUGAAGUAUGAAUUUGGUCCUGCCAUCUUCAUUGGCUGGGCAGGGUCCUCUCUGAUCCUUCUGGGAGGUGCACUGCUCUCUUGCUCCUGUCCUGGGAGUGAGAGCAAAGCUGGGUACCGUGCACCCCGCUCCUACCCUAAGCCCAACUCUGCCAAGGAGUACGUGUGAGCUGGGACGCCCUUGCCCCAGCCUGGCAGCCUAUAUGGCUGCCCCGAGACAUCUGAAAGAACCUGGGGCAGAGAGCUCAGCCUGUGGGCGGGGUGCCUGCGGGCACCCUAGCCCAGCACACCAUGUACAGUUCUCAGGGGUGUUGGGGGUGGGGGGAGACAAAAAGGGGAGGGUGUGCCUUUUGUACAGUAAUAAAAAUAUGUUUUGGAAAGUA